UGCGCACCAGUUUCAACUGUUUGGAGAUCAAGGAGGAAGAAGAAACUUCUCCUAACCCAACCAGAUCGUUGAAAGUUUGGAUUUCGGGCGUUGAUUCGCUUUCGCAGCAACUCUCAGACGAGUUGCUCUGCGUCAAGGCGGAAGAAUGAACCCAGAAUACGAUUAUCUCUUCAAGCUUUUGCUUAUUGGAGACUCCGGUGUUGGAAAGUCAUGUCUCCUCCUUAGAUUUGCUGACGACACAUACACUGAAAGCUAUAUCAGCACGAUCGGAGUUGAUUUUAAAAUCCGAACUAUCGAGCUUGACGGAAAGACGAUCAAACUGCAAAUCUGGGAUACAGCUGGUCAAGAGCGAUUCCGCACCAUUACGUCAAGUUAUUAUCGUGGAGCACAUGGAAUUAUUGUUGUCUACGAUGUAACAGAUCAGGAAUCAUUUGCCAAUGUAAAACAGUGGCUCCAAGAAAUCGAGCGCUAUGCCAGCGACAAUGUCAACAAACUUCUCGUUGGAAAUAAGAGUGAUCUCACUACCAAGAAGGUCGUAGAUUACACUACAGCGAAGGAGUAUGGAGAUCAGCUUGGAAUCCCGUUCUUGGAGACCAGUGCAAAGAAUGCGACAAAUGUAGAGCAGGCAUUCAUGACGAUGGCAGCAGAGAUCAAGAACCGAAUGGGCCCCAGCGCAUUACCAGGCUCUGCCCAUGGUGGUGGUAAGGUUGUAGACCCUGGCAAGCCGAUAGACAAUUCUAAAAGUGGCGGCUGCUGUUAACCUUAUUGCAUGCAUAGUAGCUGGCUGGUUGCAGCUUGAAUUUCUCUUUUUACAGUGCGUUGAACUAGUCCCGGUUUCUUCGAUUGUGGUCAAAAACACAGCACCACCACUCCAGGCGAUAACUUUAAAUAUGCGCGCCUAUCUAUCUUCAUUUCACCAAAAAUUUCUUCGCUUAUCUGUUGAAACGCUUCAACAGCUGUGUCCGCCCACUUGUUCAUUAUGUUUUUGAGCUGGGGUGAGCUCUUCGCUCUCGUCUCCGAUGAAAAAUAAAUCCUUAGCGCAUUAAACUUUACCAGGACUUUUGUACAGAACCUCUCUUUAUACGCGCUUUGUGUCAGAUGCUUAGCGUUCAUACUCACAAGGCCCACUAUCUUUCCUGAUUCUGAUAUGAUAGCUAUGUUCCUCUUUCCCCCCUUUUGUUACUGUCUCUUUUCUUUCCCUGUUGCACAUUUGAAUUUUGUACAUGAGCUAUCAGCUGGUCUUUGCCCAUGGCAGCAUGAUGCAUCUAUGAUGACAAUGAUGACUAAAAUGA